ACGGUGUGAGGCUGAAACACGUCCAUUCAUUUUGUCACUCAAGUGGCACUCACUUUAGAAUUUGCAUUGUAAGCCCCUCUACGGGUUUAGCCUGCUAUAUUAAUCAUGUCAUAAAAAUGCACUGGGGUCCUGCUCUUUGCCCUCAGCCUGUCAGCGCAGUUCCACUGAAAUGUUAAAACCAGCUCACACUCGUGCAGACUCGAUGACUUCAAAACGUUUUACAUGCGACCACACAUGGCCUCAGAGGUUAUGUAGCACUGCCUGUGUUUAUCUUAAUGAACUGGAUAAGUGAUUAUGUUAUUUUAUCUACUUUAGGUACAACGUGAGCUGGAAAAGUUAACAUAAUUAAAAAAGAUCAUAAUAACCCAAACAAAGAUUUGUACUUAGUUUGCAACCUUCCAAAAUAACCCCCCUGCUUGUGUUCACCCAUUGUGACUUAAUUGGACUUUUGCGCUAAUUGUGCUCUCAUUGCAACAUUACACUUGGCGUGAGUUCACUGUGAUAUAUGUUUGCUAAUUCAUGAUAAGAUGACUGCACUUCAGUGCGAAGGGGGGGAAGCUGGCACUCUCCUCCUGCUGAAUGCGCCAGACAGCAGUGGGGCUCCAGUUGGCUGAGUGCGCUCAGACGCACAGACGCAAGCAUCCAUCCCACUGGCUGGAGUUGGAGGACACUCGCCCGCUUCGCCUCCACCGCUGCGCUGAUCCCUUGUUUUCUGUCUCCCGGCGGCGAGAAGACGGGGAGGAAAGCAAUAAAGAAGCUGUUUCCACCUUUAAACAUCUAGACUAUACUGAGAGUGAGAGAAACUGCAGAACCGGGACCGGACACUUUUCUGGAAGCGGAUUAUCUCUCGCAGGAGGCGAAGCUGGAUGUGUUGUGCACAGCGGAGCGCACGCUGCUACGUCUUUCAAUGGAUUUCCAAACGGUGGAAGUACCCUGGGAAUUAAACUACUGUUAAGUUGCUUUUAGUUCGCACAUUUUGUUCUUUGCAAGGGUUUGUGUUUCACAUGGAGACGAAGACGAUGAUCCUCGCAGGGUUGUAUGUCCUCCUGCCUCUUUUGGAUGUGUUGUCUUACGCCGAGGAGAACCUGCGCCGGCUGGACUGUGUGAGAGCCAGCGAGCAUUGUCUGAAGGAGCAGGGGUGCAGCUCCAAGUACCGCACGAUGAGACAGUGCGUGGCCGGCGGUAAACAGAGCAACUUCAGCAUGGUGGCCGGCCUGGAGGCCAAGGACGAGUGCCGGAGCGUCAUAGACGCGCUCAAGCGGAGCCCCCUGUACAAUUGCCGGUGUAAAAGGGGCAUGAAGAAGGAGAAGAACUGUCUGCGCAUUUACUGGGGGAUCUAUCAGACAUUACAAGGCAAUGAUUUCCUGGAGGAUUCUCCGUACGAGCCUGUGAACAGUCGUCUCUCUGACAUUUUCCGCCUGGCUCCCAUCAUAGAGGGUGGGGAACCUUGGAGCAGCUCCGCAACCUCGGCUCCAGGCAGGGGGGGCGCCCAGGGCAGACAGCCCGUUCUGGGCCGCGGGAGCCCCUCCUCCACGGACCUUCAGGACCCCAGUAGAAACAGGAGAGCUCAUCCCAAUUGGGCCAUACUGGGUGAGCCUGCGGUGGCGAGAGAGAACAACUGUCUGAACGCUGCCAAGGCCUGCAACCUGAACGACACGUGCAAGAAGUACCGCUCGUCCUACAUCAGCCCCUGCACCAGCCGCGUCUCCACCGCCGAGGUCUGCAACAAGAGGAAGUGUCACAAGGCCCUGCGGCAGUUCUUUGACAAGGUUCCACCUAAGCACAGCUAUGGCAUGUUGUACUGCUCGUGUCCGGUCAGCGACCAGACGGCCUGCUCCGAGCGCAGGCGUCAGACCAUCGUCCCCGUCUGCUCGUACGAGGAGAAGCAGAAACCCAACUGUCUGGAGCUGCAGGUCUCGUGCAAGACCAACUACAUCUGCAGGUCACGACUGGCUGACUUCUUUGUCAACUGCCAGCCGGAGCCUCGCUCGCUGUCAGGCUGUCUGAAGGAGAACUACGCAGACUGCCUCCUCUCAUACUCGGGUCUGAUUGGAACCGUGAUGACUCCCAACUACCUGCGUUCACCCAAGAUCAGCGUGUCUCCGUACUGCGACUGCAGCAGCAGUGGCAACAACAAGGAUGAGUGUGACAAGUUCACCGAGUUUUUCACCGAGAACACCUGCCUCCGUAAUGCUAUUCAGGCCUUUGGGAACGGGACAGACGUGGGAGUGUGGCAGCCUGUGUCCCCGGUGCAGACCACCACCUCCACCACCACUCACUACCAGAAGAACCGCGAACGCAACCCCAACACUAUUGACAACCACAUCAACACGGACCCUGGAAUUUACCACUUCUGUGGCAGCCUACAGGCUCAGAAAUUGAAGUCAAACUCAACUGUGGAUGGCGUCUUCUGUGUGGACCCUCAGAUCGACGGUCCGAGUACGUCCAACGCCAUCCUGAGUAACUCGGCCUCCAGACGGCCUGCGGGCCCGACCUCUCUGCUGCCCCGCUGCUCUGGCUGUGGUACUGCAGCCUGCCGGCCCUCUCCUCCUCCUCCUCCUCCUCCUCCCGGGCGACUUGUAGCCUCGACGCUUCAACGCUCUCCAACGAACUGACAAACACACAUUUGUACAAAAGAAAAAGCAAAACAAGAAGUUCUAUGCUUUCUUCUCAGUAAAACCUGUCGUACUUUUAUUUCCCUCUGGAAUCUGUCUCUACUUUGAUUCGUACUUUGUUUGUUUUUUAUUGAAUUUUUGUUGUUUUAUGGGUUUUGUUUCUUUGCAUUGCAGCUGUGUGCUAAAACAGUGAUCUACUAUAUCUACUCGGUUUGGCUGUGUGUUCCCUUUCGGUUAGUUUGAAAAAAAAAAAAAGAAGGGAUUCAAAGCUUUUUCGUGUUGCUCGAUCGGGCGGAAAUGACAAAGUACUCGAGGAUUAACAUUCCAACAAACCACAGCUGGUGGCUCUUGGGUCGGUUCACACGAUGUAAAUUCACAUUGACCUUCACUGUCGUCCAAUCGGUUUCCACCCACGUCUGUUUGUGUGUUGAGGCUAUCGGUGGGAUCUUUCGCUUAAAAGUCACAGUCCGUUCAGUAUCGGCUACGUUUCAUCACGCGGGCGACUCGUUGGGUGUUCUUCUCUCUCCCCUGUGGUUUCGUGUUUGUUUCGGUCAGGGACGAGAUCCGGUGUUUUUAUCGACAUCGAUAUUUACCUGAAAUAUAAAAUGUCACUUGAAAGUAUUUCCUUUUUCCAGGGUGAACACCAACAACCUGUAACAUCAGAGAAGUCGCAACAUCUGCGUCCAAACUGUAGCUCAAGCUGAACACACGUCGCCUCUGGCAAAAGCACACAGGCGAGGACCCACGCACACACAAGUACCGCACACGUUCACACACUCAGACACACACACAGAGAAACACACACACGCCACCAGGCUUCUGCUCUUCUUUUUUUAACGCAUUGUUUGGCCGGCAGAGUGAUUCCUCUCUGCGAUCACGCGCUGCUGUGGAUGUUCGAGUCCACUCUGCUCAUUAGUGAUUGUACAUACGUGUAACUGUUAGAAGUCAAAGCCAUGUUCAGUGUUUCUAUAUGAAAAGUGACGGAGAAGCUGCUGCAACUUCACCUCAACCUGUGUUGUUUUUAUUGAGUUUUGACGUAUCUCGCCGAGUCCUGAGAACGGACACGAGCCGAGGACGAUCCAACGCUUACUGUCGUCGAGUGAAGUCAGUGGAAACGAAGCUUCUUCAUCGGGUCAUUCUUACGACUUAUCGCCUCAAUUGUGAAACUGUCGACACGUUUUUCUGGAGCGAUCGCGUUGAAUUGACCGUUUGCUGAGCUCCGCCUCCUUCAGUCACCGCCCAGAUGCACGUCAGGUAUUAAACUGUCGCGUAGCAUCAACACACUUUACUCUAAUAACUGUGUCAGAGUGAUGCAUUUAAAUCGUACAAUAAUUGGAAUUCGAUUUCAGGAGACAGAAGUUACAUUUGACAUCGUGACCAUUGAAAUGGUACAAAACUGAAAAAACAACUGUUGCUAUGGAAGCUAAAAGAUUGACUUAUGUUUGUUGAUUGGAAACAGAGUUUGGCUCCUGACUGGGACUGUUAGCCGUAAGCUAAGCAUGCUAACAUUAGCAGCUUUCGUUAUAACGUUGAUAAAUUACUUACACGUCUUUAUAAUCGUUAGUAUCGUUGCUAAGCUGUGAUUGGACAGUUGCUGUUAAAGGGGGAACGUUUUAGCAAAUGGUCAAAUAUGUACUUUUCUUUGUUUCUGAAAAUGACUCAAACACGUGACAUGUGACAUCGGUACCGUGAGUAAAAAAUCCUUUAUUGUACGUCUGCUCCCGGUGACUUCUGCGGAAAAAAAUAUCUAAAAGCCACAACAUCGGUUUCACGUUCGAUUCUCAGACACGUGCGUUCGUUUUCAUCAGCUUCUCCCCCCACCCCCCCUCAGAGGAAAUCCAAACUUUGUGGUCAGGACGUGAACGUACGUCGAACCUGAGCAUUAACGACGCGCUGCUUCAGUUUACGUAGCUUCUCAGAACACGGUUAAUGUGUCGUAGAACUUCUGUGUUAUUUACUGAGCAUCAACAUGGUAUAUGCACUGUAUGUACUUGGCUGAAACUAUAAAUCGGACAAAUAGACGUCCGAUGAUUUUCUGUUCCAGAGCAUUGUGAGCUAUUUUGACAUUCAGAUACUACGUUGAAUACGCCGGAAUAUUGUUUUUUUUACAACUACCUAUAAUGUGUAUAUUUCUCCCAGUAUGUACAUGAUUAUGGAAUAUUACUGCAUCUGAGAAAGAGGAUAUCAAUGUAACUCUGUAGUUCAACACGACUGUAUUUCCUCAGCUUAUUCUUUUGUACCAUAGCCCCGUUCACCACAUUGCUUAACUAUAGUAUUGUUUUGGUUUAUUUUGGCUAAGAUUUGAACUUAUUUUUCUAUCUUUUACGACUUUUUACUGUGGAUGAGUUGAAUCGAAGCAGACGGACCGGCCGCUUACUGCUCCGAUUUAAACAGCUCCUCUGAUUUUUGUUGUUUUUUACAGACUGUUCAGAGCCGUUUCCAAUUAUUACUUUGGUUUUACUGCUGAAAGAAUUACGGUUCCAAGAAGAGAGAGAGACGAUUGUUGUUGCAUGGUGACUGUGAAGGAAAGAUAAAUAUAUUCUAUACCAUAACAUUUAAAAAGGUUUUUUAAAGGGUAUAUUUGACCAGAGGUGGGCGAGUGGGUUCAACCCCACGGACUGAAUGUGUGGAGGAGACGUUAAAGAGAAAUGUUACGAGAUGCUACAGGACAAACUUCUCUUCUUGUGUCUUAAAAAGCAACUGUUGAUUUUAUAUUUGAAUCCCAGAGUCGUAUCUUCACAGGCGCUGGAAUAUAAAGAGACGGUCGAAAGUUCCUCGGGUCGAAAACUGGGGCACUUCCUCCUGAUGUUAGGAAAAUACAAAAAAAAAAGAUGGUGGAUAUGUUCUCUCCAUCCCAUCUGUCGUUUUAAAACACCAGACAUGGCUUCUCUGGAGACUCCCUCAGCUCUCUGGCAUCAUUAACCUCUUAGCUUGUGAAAAUGUAAAAUCUAUUGUACAAAAAGUUAUAAUUAAAAACUGUCAAAUCACCAA